GGUCAGCUGACCAACAGUCAUGUGACCGCAUGCGGAAAUAAAUAUACAGAGUCCCAUGUCAAAAGGCAGUGUAAAUGUUUAAUGUAAAUUUGUUCAUUUCAACGUUUAUUUUAGUACAUGCAUCUCUUGUCUGUACACAUCUGGCACAAAAUUGUUUACUUAAGCUGUUUAUAAAAUCUGAAGUCUGAAGAUAUGGUGGUAUGUUUCUUGAUCCAUACGGUGAGUCCGGUGAACGCGCUAUCGGCUGGGGAGAGUCGUAUACUGUACGCGCGCGUGUUUGGACCGCAGACCGGAGAUGCUCGUGACUAUACUCCUGAACAAAGACGACUGAUGCAAAAAGAGAAACUUCACAUUGUGGCCAGGCAGGUGCAGAGUGCUGUGACUCUGAGUUGGGAGGCCUCAGGCAAUCCAUGUCCAGAGGCUGCGCUGGGUGAAGAGGCUGCUGCACUUGGUGAAGCUGAGUGUGGGGUGUUUUCUUUGGGGAAUGCAGAGCUGUUUCCUGAUCGAAGUGUUGUUUUGUGGCUAAGUGUGCAGUCUCUAGCAUUCACUCUGGUCUGCAGACCUCAUGAGAAUCUUCUACUCGCAGAGGGCGCGAUUCGCAACAUCGCACGCCACUGUUUGGAGGAACUACGUCUGCUGGGACCUGGUACUGAGAUGUUGCUGAAGAGUGAUCGAGUGGAUGCAAUGUUGCACAGACUCCUUCCUCACGGUCAGCUCCUCUUUCUCAACCAUCGUUUUGCCUUCAGCCUGGAUAAAGAGAUGGCAAGCUACGCGAGCAAAUGAGAGCGUUUGUAUUUCUAUGUUUACACCUGCAAGUGUUUGCCACUUAUUUUGAGAGUAAUGUAUGGCGUUUCUGAAAUUAAAAGUUAAAGAGACCUCUUCUUAGGUGUGCACUUGUGAUGCUCAUAGAAUGUGUGUGAGAAGAAGAUAACAUCCACAUAAUAUUCCUGUAAGGAUAAAAGACACAUUGAUGGCAGUUUGACUUAAGUGUCAAUCUAAAAUGAGUUCACACCAAAAAUCAGGUGAUUCUCAGUUUCAUCACAUAUGGGUUUUGUAGCUAUUGUCAUCUGCAAUCUGCAUAUUGCUCACAAUUGAACAACUGUGCAUACCUGUGCAGCUCUUCACUAGAGGGCAGUGUUGCAUUAUUUUGAUAACCGUGUAUGUGUGUGUGUGUUGCUGUCAAGUGCUUAGCAAUUCGAAUAAUCCUUUAUCACUUUCAUCUCAUAUAUUUCAGUAGAUCACAGCAGUGUGUCUGCCAACAAAUCUGAAACCGCUGAUUGACAAGUCUGUGAAGCCUUCAUAACUAGGGCAACAAAACAACCACACAAUUUCAGAAAAUCCAUUUUUAGACUCAUUUAACAAUGAUGAGUUGCCUUUGUCACAAUCCUGCACUUUAUAUGAAAUGAGUGUGAGGAUGUUUAAGUCCACUUACAGUAAGUGUGAGCCAGGUCAUAACUCACGAGUAUUAUGGUUCAAUAUGUUGACUGGUGAGUGUCUCUCAUGUCGUUUGUCUUACAGACUGUCUGAUAGUUUGUGUUCUGUCUGCAUUUAUCAGGACAAGAACACUGUUAUAGUUAUGUACUCCAAAACUGAAGUGUUGUUCAGUGACCCUCAGAUUAAAACUUUACACAUUAACAGCAGAAUCAAAGUGGCAAAUAACUGAAAUAUAUGCAUUGUUGCUAUUGCUAGUGUAGAUAUUUCAAAAUUUCUUAUGACUUAUGCUUUAUUUAGGUCAUAUUAUACUUUUGAUGUUUUUUUUGUUGAGGGUCGCCUAUGUUGUAGUUAUAAAAAUGUAUAGCCGGUUCUUAUGUGAAAACUUUGAUUAAUUUCAGAGUUUUUUGUAAAAUUCUAAUUGGAAAAGCUGUUGUAAUUUUACAUUAAUGUACCAAGUUGUUGUGUUACUUGGCAGCUGCAAACCCGUUUGAUUAAUAAACAUAACAUGACAGAG